UUCACAACUAAUGUCACUAAUUGCGCAUGUACAAGUUAAUUGUUCUUAUUACAAUAUCAAAGUUUUUUUUAUGAAUAGGAAAAAAUCGAUGCGAAAAUUAUUUUGGAGCAGGAAUUUCAAAUGUUGAGAAAUGUACAUUGAAUAUUGAUAAAGCAAAACAAAGAUUUUCGUUACCGUGUAAGGUCAAAAUCGAUCAAGGCUUCUUGGUUAGUAUCUAUAUCCGGUGUACUGAUGAAACAUAAUCUGAGUCUUGAGCUUUUUAAAAUCGAUUCUAAAAAGAAGUGCUCCUUUGAAGGGAGGAAUUCCACUUACAGAUACCGGUACAUCUAUAGACGUCACAAGGUGGUUUCCCAUAUUUAUAUCUGACGUCGUAGGAAAUGGGUAGCACAGUGCUUUGUGGAUCUGCUUUGACGACACUGACGAAAAAUUGGGACGGUAUUCAAUAAAGUUGGUUGCAAAAAUGAGAACAUUUAUACAUACCAUUCUGCUGACCGUUCUUUAUCUACAAGGAUACAUGGUGGUUGUUUGUUUGGUGAGUUUUGGAGGGCGAUGUAGAAGUUUGGAGGGCAACAUGUACACUUGUUCUUCUCCUUUUUUUUGUAAUUAUGAUAAUUGUAUGUGUCAAGAACAGAUUUCCCAUUAUUUUGAUCCAAACGACCAAAGUUGUAAACCAAGAGAUUUUGUUAACAUCGCAAAAGGAAAGCCCACCUCAAUGUCUGCUGCAGAAUAUGUCGAGCAUGCGCAUUCUUGGAGAGCUAAUGAUGGGAAUUAUGGGGCAGGUGUUGGUCAAUGUGCAUUCCCACAUAUAGAUGUUGUUCCUAGUUGGUGGAAGGUGAAUCUACUAGCCUAUUACGAGAUUCAUCGGGUAAUCAUUUAUAGUAACUAUCUAGGCCAACACUGUAGAAUGACUCUGUUAGGAGGCAAUUAUAGAGGACAUGUUAAUAUAACCAAAUCAGGUAAAACAUGUCAGGCUUGGAGUUCGGUAACCCCACACAAACAUCAUUUUAGUGAGACACUGGGUGACCAGGAUAACUAUUGUCGUAAUCCAGAUACUGAACCGCAAGGUCCAUGGUGCUAUACAACUGAUGUCAACUCUAGAUGGGAGUAUUGUGAUGUACAUUAUUGUGUUCGUCCGUUUAGAGAAUAUACAGUAGAAGUCCUUUCCGGACCAAAAGUAUUUUUGUGUAACGAUAGUUCUGAGACAAGGAACGUUUACCUUGACUCAACUUGUGCUAGCAAUACAAUAGGAAGAGAAGUGAGGAUUACCACCAAAGGACAUACACUAUUACUGUGUGAAGUAGAUAUUAAUGGGACAUUAGUCAAUUUAUAUAAAGCAAGUUGUGUGACGGACAUUAAACCUGAAGAAUGUAUCACUCCGCUGAAGUGUUCGGCAGAUGGUUUUUGUGAUUGUGAAUCGCCAGCAACACAGUUUUACAAUAGAAAUAAUAAUACUUGCAUUGAAAGAAAUACAUACAAAAUGAACUGCUCAUCAAUGAAGGAAGAUACGACAUGUUACAAUAAUCUGGUUUGUGUUACUGGUAUUUGUGAUUGUGAGAUUCCCGCCAUGCAGUAUCACGAUCCCUAUGAUAAAAGUUGUAAAGGAAAGAAUACAUACAAAGAGAAUUGCACAACACUAGUUGGAGAUUCCACAUGUUUCAAUAAUAUGGUUUGUGUUUCUGAUAUUUGUGAUUGCGAGUUUCCCGUCAUGCAGUACAACGAUCAUCAUGAUAAAAGUUGUAAAGCAAAGAGUACAUACAACGAGACUUGCUCUACACCAGUUGGAGAUGCCUCAUGUUACAAUAAUAUGGUUUGUGUUUCUGGUAUUUGUGAUUGUGAGAUUCCCGCAACGCAGUAUCACUAUCCCUAUGAUAAAAGUUGUAAAGCAAUAAGUACAUACAACGAGGCUUGCUCUACACUAGUUGGAGAUUCCACAUGUUACAAUAAUAUGGUUUGUGUUUCUGAUAUUUGUGAUUGUGAGAUUCCCAGCAUACAGUAUCAUGAUCCCUUUGAUAAAAGUUGUAAAGCAAAGAGUACAUACAAAGAGACUUGCUCAACACUUAUUGGAAAUUCCACAUGCUACAAUAAUAUGGUUUGUGUUUCUGAUAUUUGUGAUUGUGAGAUUCCAGCCACGCAGUAUCAUGAUCCCUCUGAUAAAAGUUGUAAAGCAAAGAGAACUUACAACGAGACUUGCUCAACACUAGUUGGAGAUACCUCAUGUUACAAUAAUAUGGUUUGUGUUUCUGAUAUUUGUGAUUGUGAGAUUCCCGCCAUGCAGUAUUAUGAUCCCGAUGAUAAAAGUUGUAAAGCAAGGAGUACAUACAAAGAGAAUUGCACAACACUAGGUGGAGAUUCCACAUGUUACAAUAAUAUGGUUUGUGUUUCUGAUAUUUGUGAUUGUGAGAUUCCCGCCUUGCAGUAUCACGAUCCCUCUGAUAAAAGUUGUAAAGCAAUAAGUACAUACAACGAGGCUUGCUCUACACUAGUUGGAGAUUCCACAUGUUACAAUAAUGUGGUUUGUGUUUCUGAUAUUUGUGAUUGUGAGAUUCCCGCCAUGCAGUAUCAUGAUUUCUAUGAUAAAAGCUGUAAAGCAAUCAGUACAUACAACGAGAAUUGCUCUACACCAGUUGGAGAUGCCUCAUGUUACAAUAACAUGGUUUGUAUUUCUGGUAUAUGUGAUUGUGAGAUUCCCGCCACGCAGUAUCACUAUCCAUACGAUAAAAGUUGUAAAGCAAUGAGUACUUACAAAGAGACUUGCACAACACUUAUUGGAGAUUCCACAUGUUACAAUAAUAUGGUUUGUGUUUCUGAUAUUUGUGAUUGUGAGAUUCCCGCCAUGCAGUAUCACGAUCCCUAUGCUAAAAGUUGUGAAGCGAUAAGAGGAUACAAAGAGAAUUGCUCUACAUCAGUUGGAGAUUCCACAUGUUUCAAUAAUAUGGUUUGUGUUUCUGGAACUUGUGAUUGCCCGAUUCCCGCAAUGCAGUAUUACGUGUUUCAUGAUAAAAGUUGUAAAACAAGAGCAAAAUAUAAAGAAUCGUGUCAAACAUUAGAAGAUGGUUCAAAUUGUUAUGGCAAUAUGAUUUGUGUGAGUGGUGUUUGUGGUUGUAACACCACCCAGUAUUAUAACCCAAAUGUUCAUAGUUGUAAUGAAACUGGAAGAUACCACGACCCUUGUUCAACAGCGGUUAGAAAUAUAAGUUGUUACCCUCCUUUGCUUUGUUCGUCCAGUGUAUGCCAUUGUGAACUGCCAGCAAUGAUGCAUUAUGACUCCGAUGAUAACACAUGUAACGAUGCUAGUUUCAAUGCGGAGGAGUUCAUAAAUGAUACAAAGGGAUUUGGAAAUAUUGUAGGAGCGACAAUGGAUUCAAUUCAUCAUAUGCAUAUAGAGAUAGAAGAGAAAGAGCAUAUAAUUGAAGAAAUGGUUACAGUUUUAGCUGUGUUACCUACAGAAAACGAAGCAGAAAUGGAAAAUGUCUUAGAAGCUUCGAACCAAAUUUCUAAGGAAGCAGAUGCCUUAUCAGAUAACGUUCAGGAUGCGUUACUUAAUGUUAUGGACAAGAUAUCUGAUCAGAUAUCACAUUCAGAUGUCAAUAAAAGUGAACCGGGGAAAGUAGAAAAUAUGGUCAGGUCACUUUUUGAUUCGAGUUCCAAUCUUUUGGAUUUAAAUCAUGUACCUGAACGUCAUACUGUAAAAGAAAAGGUUAUAGUGGAAGAUAAAUCUGAAACUGAAACUGAAGAUGUCAUACAUGUAGAAGAAACAGAACCUGAACAAGAAGUUCCAUAUGAAAGUCCAGAGGAACAACAAGAAACACAGGUACAAGAAACAGAGGCAGAAAUCAAGGCGAGAGAAAAGAAGAUCGAAAGAACAAAGAAGCUCCUUCACACAGUUGAUAUCAUUGCUGAUUCAGCACUUAAAACUCUGUCAGACGAUGAACCUAAGACAAUGGAAUUCUCAACAAAGACCAUGAAUUUAGUAGUUGGAGUUUCCAAAUUAAACAACUCAACGAACACUUCAACAGAUAUAAGCACUUCCAGGAAAAUUGGUAACAAAACCGUCACUAGUUCCUUCAAACUUCCACCAGAAAUAAAAGAACAACUAAAAGAAGCUAGUAAGAAUGGAUUUAAAUUUCAGAUGCUUUUCUCAGACAAGAAUCCAAGAUCUUGGGACAAGUCGUCUGCAUAUAUUAAUUCUCCAAUGAUAUCGCUAAUUCUUAAGGAUUUAAACCAAAAAACACUUGGUGUAACUAAAUUACCAAAGCCGAUCAUCAUUGACAUACCUAUUGGAAGAAACGAAAAAUACAGCGAAUUUAUUUUGAAUUCCCAAGUUGAUAACUUCAUACGUCUUAAAGUGAAACAGCCAGCAAACAUGUUUUACAUGUUGAAGCUUAUGACAGAUGGUCCACAGUAUAAUAUGUCAGUAAAGAUUGCAAUAGAAUUUCAUAAACAGGUGUCUUUGUCAGAUGCUGAAAAUGGGACGCUCAUUAAUAAUACACAAAUAGGAUUUUUAAAAGAACCUGAAAAGAAAUCGCUAUACUGGAGUAUAGGAGUUAUCGUCAGCGAUAGAAGCGAUGGGAAUAUUAGUCAGAAUAUAUCUGUUAAAAUUUCCUCGACUGGAAUUAAUUGUCGAUAUUGGAAUAACACUAUCGGAAAAUGGGUACCAGAGGGAUGUCAGGUUUCACCUGUUUCAUCAAGCGAGACAUUAGAGUGUGAAUGUGAUCAUCUUACCGAUUUUGCUGGAGGAGUUUUCGUACGCAGGUAG